GAGGGUCGCCUAGAUCGCACACGUAAGUUGACCGUUCGACUGGAGCCAUUCUAAACAGUCGACGACAAUUCGCGUCAGGUUUCGUUUUACUAGUAGCGCGACACAACUCAACCUCAGGUUUGUCGCGUCCUGUCACGGCCGGUCACAACGAGACGCGUCGCAAAAGUCACGCUACGCUCACACUUUCCUACACACCUUCACCAUGGCACUGCCUGUCAUCAACAUUAACGUUGAUUAUGAAAGCGAGAAACAGAAAAUCAGCCAAUUCCUGUCGAGUUUCGAGGGACAAGACGGUGACCUAGCCAAUGGCAUUGCAGACCUUGACCUGGACGGCGAUGGGGACGCGACGAGGCUCAGGGGGAAGUACAUGAGGCAACUGCAACGAAUAGCAAAUCGCGACCAGCAGAUGCUUGUGAUCGACCUGGAGGAUAUUACAGACUUUGAGAAAAAUGUUGGGGAGCUUGUCCAUCGCAUACAAAGCAACACUCGGCGCUAUGUAGAACUAUUCAGCGACGUCGUGGACCGUAUCAUGCCUAUACCCACCAAGGAUAUCAGCGAACAAGACGAAGUUAUCGAUGUUAUCCUUCAUCAGCGACGGGAGCGGAAUGAGCGGCUUGAGGGAACUCAAGACGGAUUUCCUGCCCACCUUCUACGACGAUAUAACCUAUACUUCAAACCAUUACUCUCUGACAUUUCCAUGGCCGUUCGCGAAGUCAAAGGUGCACACCUUGGGAAGCUCAUUACUGUCCGAGGAAUCGUGACACGAGUAUCCGAAGUGAAACCUCUUUUACUAGUGAACGCGUAUACUUGCGACGUUUGCGGGUCCGAAACUUUCCAGGAUAUCUCCGGCAAACAGUUUCAACCUAUCUCCGACUGCCAAAAUGAGAACGAAUGCAAGAAGAAUAGUAUCCGUGGUUCAUUACACAUGCAAACCAGGGCGUGUCGUUUCAGUCCGUUCCAGGAAGUCAGAAUACAAGAGAUGCCUGAUCAAGUUCCGGUUGGACAUAUACCGCGUUCUAUGACUAUUCAUGUUCACGGAAGUCUGACGCGUCAGAUGAACCCUGGUGAUGUCGUCCAGCUCGGCGGAAUCUUCCUACCCAUUCCAUACACUGGUUAUCAAGCAAUUCGUGCGGGUCUCCUGACCGACACCUUCUUAGAAGCGCAUUAUGUCAAUCAGCUCAAGAAGCAAUACGCGGAUAUGGAGACAACACCGGAAAUUCGGCAAGCUGUUGCAGAGCUACAAAGCGACCCUUCACUGUACCAAAAGCUCGCGCAGAGCAUUGCACCCGAGAUCUACGGUCACAUUGAUGUCAAGAAGGCACUGCUUCUGUUACUUGUUGGUGGCGUGACGAAGACCAUGGGCGACGGUAUGAAGAUUAGAGGAGACUUGAACGUCUGCUUGAUGGGUGACCCUGGUGUGGCCAAAUCUCAACUUUUGAAAUACAUUGCGAAGAUUGCGCCUCGGGGUGUCUACACCACAGGUAAAGGUUCCUCGGGAGUCGGGCUAACUGCAGCUGUCAUGCGAGACCCAGUGACGGACGAGAUGGUCCUUGAGGGUGGCGCGCUGGUCUUGGCGGAUAACGGUAUCUGUUGCAUAGACGAAUUUGAUAAAAUGGAGGAGACCGACCGAACAGCUAUCCACGAAGUCAUGGAACAGCAAACCAUUUCAAUAUCGAAAGCCGGUAUAUCGACAACGUUGAACGCGCGAACGUCAGUUUUAGCCGCUGCGAACCCGCUCUAUGGACGCUACAAUACGAAGGUCUCACCGGUAGAAAACAUCAACUUGCCUGCCGCCUUGUUGUCCCGUUUCGAUCUAUUAUUCUUGAUGAUCGACAAACCUUCUAGAGAUGAUGAUGAGAGACUGGCGCAACAUGUUACACACGUUCACAUGUUCAAUGAGCCUCCAGAACUGGAGUACGACCCAGUCGAUCCACUCCUUGUCAGGCAUUACAUUGCUGGUGCCCGACAGAUCCGCCCAACGGUUCCGGCUGAAGUCUCCAACUACGUAGUCGAGUCCUACGUACGUCUGCGAAAACUUUCCAAAGAGGAGGAAGAGCAGAACAAGACGCAUAGCUAUACAUCCGCACGUACUCUCCUUGGCGUCCUCCGUCUCUCUCAAGCUCUCGCUCGCUUGCGAUACUCGCCUGUCGUCGAUCAAGGUGACGUUGAUGAGGCGCUUCGACUAAUGGAAGUGAGCAAAGAGAGUUUGUACGAGAGUGAGGACAAUGACUUCGAUCAUGACAGAUCUGCUGUCAGUCAGAUCUAUCGACUCAUUCGUGACAUGGCUGUUACUUCGAGGAAGUCUUCCAGACGGAAACCCAAAAGACCGCGCAGAUUAGGUAAAGGACCUGGUGGCGAGCGGGACGAAGAUAUGGAUGAAGAUGACGAAGAUGAGGAGCUGUCUCUCGUCGAUGUUCGAGCUCGUGUCCUCCAGGCUGGAUUCACCGAAGCUCAGCUUAUGGAGACCGUUGUUGCUUACGAGGACAAUGACGUAUGGAUGCGAGUAGCCAAUAACACAAAACUGCGCUUCAUCCAGGGAGAGGUAUAACAUACUUGUAUUUUCCUAUUUUCCUUUGCUGUCUCAAUGCUGUAUGUUUUGCUUUGUAUGAGGGUAUUUCAUUGUAUCGUAUAAAUAAAUAUACCAUCCGCUCCC